AUGGUGCGUAAAUGCAUUCCCCCCUCGUUAAAAAAAAAAAAAAAAAAAAAAAAAAAAAGUCGUUCCGUUAGUCGAGCGAGGAAGGAAAGUUACGCAAUUUACAUCUACAAAGUACUGAAGCAGGUACAUCCCGAUACGGGUAUAUCCAGCAAAGCGAUGAGCAUCAUGAACAGCUUCGUCAACGAUAUUUUCGAACGUAUCGCUGCGGAAGCUUCCAGAUUGGCACAUUACAACAAACGUGCCACGAUAACUAGCAGAGAAAUUCAGACAGCCGUACGACUAUUGCUACCGGGAGAAUUGGCCAAGCACGCAGUCAGCGAAGGUACCAAAGCCGUCACCAAGUACACCAGUUCAAAAUAA